CGUGGAGGGCGUUUCCCCGGUCGCCGCGCGGCGUCACUCCCAGCAUGCAUCGCGGCCCGCUCCUGCCGCCGCCGCCGCCGCCGUCCCUUUCGCAGCUGCUGCUGCUGCUGCUGCCGCUGCCGCCGCCGCCGCCGCGGGGCUGGGAGAGAUGGCGGAGGGAGGCGCGGCGGAUCUGGAGACCCAGCGCUCGGACAUCGCGUCGCUGCUCAAAACGGCUCUCCGCAAGGGCGACACCUGGUAUUUAGUGGAUAGUCGCUGGUUCAAACAGUGGAAAAAGUAUGUUGGCUUUGAUAGCUGGGACAAAUACCAGAUGGGAGAUCAGAAUGUUUAUCCCGGUCCUAUUGACAAUUCUGGACUUCUCAAAGAUGGGGACUGUCAAUCUCUUAAAGAGCAUCUCAUUGAUGAGCUGGACUACAUUCUCUUACCAACUGAAGGCUGGAAUAAGCUAGUUAGCUGGUAUACUCUCAUGGAAAGCCAGGAACCAAUUGCACGCAAGUGCAUACUUUUUCCAUUCAUCUAGCAGAAAAACUCAAUUUCUAGGAAAUAUUCCCAAGGACAGCUCUUCUAUCCAUACAAAUAUCCAUACAAGUUCACAGCAAGAACACUUUCAACCUUCCAUCUACUUCAGUAGUAUGUUAAUUGUUUAAGAAAUACAUGCUGGAUGACAUUCUGAGCUGGGUUAGAAUUACAUAACAAGCUGCAUCCGUGGAAAACUCUGCAGUUUUGGUCAACCCAGCAUGUUGCUGAGCAGGCAAAAUGUGCAGAAGGGGGCAGCCAUUUUUGCUGCUUUCUCUCCAAAAAUACUUCUGAUUGAUUGAUUUGAUUUAUUUUUAUAGCUGUGCAGCCCUUAGGGACAUAUUUCUGAAAUCAAGAAGUACUUUUGUGGGGAGGAGUGUAGGGAAGAUCACCACACCCUUUAUGCACAUUUGCCAACAUGUUGGGCUGAGCUCCAUUGAUGAGUCCUCCAUUGAUUCAGCUCCUUUAUGGAUUUCUAACACUGUUUGGAGUGUUGGCCACUUUGAAAAAAUGUAUGGGUAAGUUCAGACAACAUAACAAACCAUUGUCUGUUUGGACAUGACUGCAGUAUUAAAAGCUCUUGAUCCUGCAUGCUUUCUUUUUAUCACCUCCACUCCAGUCUCUUACUACUGCUGCUUCCGUGCUGGGAGAGUCAUAUUUUGCUAAACCAUAGCUUCUUAGCCUUAGACCAGAACAGUUAACUGUGGUUUAUAAACCACAGUUAAAGUAAGUUGUGAAACUGAGAUUCAACUUUGGUUUCAUACCUUGGUUUAAUUGUGGUUUGUCAAACAGCUCAGGGUUCAGACAAGCUAUGGAGCUGUUGUUUAAUGACAGUUGUGACAUAAGAGCUCAGGAGGGGAGGGGGCAGGAGGGAGUGCAAGAUUCAGGAACUUUUAAGACCACAUUCACAACUAAGAAAUCAUGGUUUGUUCACUUGUCUGAAUUGAUCACUAUUUUUAUUUCAUGUUCUAACUCUUUACAAUUAAAAAUGUAUACUAUGAAAGAGUCUAGUGAGUGAAUGUAUUCUAGCCCUUUUCUAUUUUCUGUAGAAUGUAUAUGCUCAAUUCAAAUAUCAUGCCAAAUCAUGGUUUGCACUAACCAUCAUUUAGGAAACCAAAACCAUGGUUUGGGUUUCCAAACAUACAACAGAAGAUCAUAGUCUAAGGUUGCUUGUCCACUUUCAUUUUUCAUUCUCUUGGCAAUUGACUUUAUAGAUUUACUCCUGGUUCCAUGGUGCUGAAGACUGUUAAUUAUGCUUGUCAAUUCAAAACUUUAGUUGGGGUAUAAAUCAAUUCGUGAGUUCUGGUUCAUUAUCCCUUGAUUCAGCCUGUGGUUACUGAGUGAUUGUAAACCAUUGUGUGCCAGUUUAAUCAUCAUGUCAGAUUGUACUUGGUCUUCAUUCCUGUGGUUUGGCAUGAUGUCUGAUUUGAAUCUUUAGGUAAGUCUAAAGUGUUAACUCAGAAUUUUCUGAACUUUGUAUGAAUAUUGUAGCCUUGUAUUCAGCAACUGUUUCUACUGAAUAAUAUCAGAUUCAUCUUUGGACAAAGGUGCAUAUAUCUUCAUUGAUUUAUCUUUGGAUGCUAGAGUUGAAGAAAUGAAAAUUGUUGCUCUUUUGUCAAAGAAUCUGUGGAUCUUCCUGGCUUAUAAGUAUAGGUAUCUAUCAAGAUAAUUGUGUUUUUCUGAAUUGUGUGCAUGUUGCUCUUUGAGAAAAAUUUAGUUAUCUUUGCUCAGUUGAAAUCGUCUAAAUUUGUAGUCUUUAUUUCUCCUGCAGUGAAAUAUAUUGUAUUAGCUUAUUUUCAUAUAUUGUACUAGUUUAUUGCAUUCUUGGGAUUUAUUAAGGAUCUCAACUCAUGCUACUUUACUGUACUGGAAAUGUUAUAUCUUGUGGGGGAAGGGUUGUUUUUUGUUUUUACAGUGGACGAAGGUCAUCAGCUUAGUAUGGGUCAUCACAUGGCUCGAGACAGGAUAGGGUUACAUUUUUUUUUUGCAGGCUAGCUUCCUGUUAGGCAGUAGGUGGUACCAGAAACCCAGUUCCUGUUCUGUCUGUCUCGAAAGACAAUGGUUUUGAAGAUCUCCUACUCGUUAAAAAAUCAGGCUAGUUUGUCCCCCACCUCUUACCUGAUUUAUUUCUUCUCGUGUGCCAGGGUGGGAAGGGAGUCGUUUCAUUUUGUUCUAAAAAUCAUUGUUUUAUGUUCUGAUUUGGUCUGUUUGUUAAAACUGCUCAGUUACUUUAGUUUUGCCUUGGUUAGCUUUUUAAAAAAUGCCUUCUCCCCUCCCCCUCGGUUAGCUUUUUCGCACUCCCUUCCCCUCAUUUCCAGCCUGUGGAGGUAACUCAGUUGGGAGAGAUGUUAGUGGACUCCCUCUUGGAAGGUCCCCACUCAGACCCAAAGGAGGAAAAAGCAUGUUUUGUUGGGUUUUUUUAAGCCCUUUCAGGAGCUAAAUGCCUCUCUCUCCCUAAGCUGAUUGAACCUCUGCUGAGCCCUAAGCAACAUAGAAGGGCUGCAAAGAAAAGCAAACACUUAAUCAAGGAACACUCUGUUUAAAAAAAACACCAACAAACCCUGCAAAAAACAGCCUCUCUCCUCCGCUGUGUGCCUCAGUGAGAAUAUCCUGCUACGAGCGCUAUGCCAGCAGAAGCAGCCCAGACACCUAUCUCCCAUAUUGCCCCAAGACAACACGGGCAAAGAUGUGCAGUACAAAGGUGCCAUUUUAACCAAAGAUAUUUCUGCUGCACCUUUGGAAGUGGGGGAGGGAGCUGUAGAUGUGCCUUUUUUGUUCACCAUAUUCCAAAAUACUAGUUCCUUCUGCUUUAGAUGAGGGUUCUAGCUUGCUAGUCCUUGACGCUACACAAUCCAGAUAUCACAGCCUGUGCAAACUGCCUCUGCUCCUAUACUAACUUCACAGAGCUCCACUCUGAUGAAUAAGACCUUGCUGGGUGGGGACAGUAAAAUAAAUAAAUAAAUACAUACAUACAUACUUACUUUUCCAGAAUAUGUGCCUCAAAGGCUAAAGGAAUUCAUUUCAACUGAAUGCAGGACUCUGAUUUUCUAUGCCACUUCAGCCCGCUUUACCCCAACAGGUUCCAGCCCGUAGGGCUAGACCCACAGGGUGACAGAACCUGGGAGCCUACUCCUCCUCAACUGAUUCCAGUCAGGGUAGGGAAGCCAUUCUCCCCCCCCCCCCGAGAGAGGGUGCUUCAAGCCUUCGGCAGGGCACCAUGGGGCAAAAGAAAAGUCUAUUUGGAAUCCUCCUGCUCCUCAUCAGAAGAUGAGAAACUGUCUGAGAAGGGUUCCACACCACAAGUACUGAGCUCCUCAUGCCUCUUCUCACCAGCUGACUUGACGUCUUACUGGCGAAACUAAGAGAGUCAUCAGUGAUGUCUCCACUCCAGAUGUUCCUCAAUCUCCUCCUGGCCUAGACCUACAAGUCUUCCCAUUGGAGCUGGUCCUGUCAGCCACGGUACCAUUCCCACCACUGUUCGAAAGCACUGUGAUAGCAGAAUGGAAUGCCCCUGUCUCUUCCAGAACUUCCACAUAAGCCCCUUAAAAUAAUAAUAAUACCAAUAAUAAUAAUAAUAACCUCUCCCCUGAUAUAAUGGACUUGCACUUGGUCCCCAAGGUGAUGCACCAGUGGCCCAGUUAGUCUCAGGGACAAUCAUGCACAAAGAAGGGGAGGAACAGUUUUAAAACUCCAGAGGACAAAAAGUGUGUUUCUUUUCUAAGAAACUAGCGUCAGCUACAGUGAUUAGAACAUCUACUACCACUUCAAUCUUCGCACGUGCUUCCAUUCCAUGGGCAAAAGAAUUAAUACAAUACAUUCCUUUAGAAAAUAAGAAGUUACACCAGGGCAUUAAUAAACUAGCCAAGGCCACUCAACUCAUGGUUGAUUCCAGCUGGGAUUCUAUUCAGCAUGCAUCCAGGGCUAUGGCUUUGGGAUGGCAGUGUGUAGAAGCCUCUGGCUAAAACAUUGGAAUGCAGACGCUAAGUCCAAACUCAACCUAGCAGCCCUCCCGUUCACGGGGACCAAGCUAUUUGGCCAGUCUCUAGAGCCCAUCGUAGUUGAGACUAGGGAUAAGAAUAAGAAAAAAACUAUUUCCCUAGGGUGCUGAGAUUCAUGGAAACCUUUUCGUUUCAAUAAUAGCUCAUUUCAUUCCAACAGAACGUUUCUUAGAAAUACAGGAUCAUCCUUCAGAGAUCAUAGACCCAUAACCAACUAACCUGGUUGGCAUCCCCCGUGGCAGCAACACGCAAGGGGAUCUUCCAGACUACAACAGAUCAGACAAUUCCCUUCCAAUUACCAAACACAUAAACAUUGAAUCUGUUCCAGUCAGGGGCAGACUUGGCCUACACUCACGAGCCUCGUAGACCUCCACUACAGACCGGUGGGUGUUGGACACAAUCCAAAAUGGCUACACAUAUUUUAGAUGCCUUCCCCUGACCUCUGUCUUACCCACACCCGUCCCCAAAAACUGAUCCAAACAACUACAGAUGUAUCUGGUUAUUCUUCAUCUUCUGGAGAUCAAGGCAAUAGAACUAGUAACAUCAACAGAAUUACAACAAGGCAUAUUUUCCAUAUUGUUUUUGGUACCCAAGAAAGAUGGAGGGCAGUCCUAGACCUCAAGUUUCUGACCCAGUUAAUAAAAAAGCCAUUCCACAUGGAAUCUCUGCAAUCCAUCAAGGAAGCUGUGUGAUCCCAGGAAUUCCUCAUCUCCAUAGACCUCUUGGAGACCUACCUACAUGUCCUGAUACAGACUCACUGCCGCAGAUUCACUUACAACAAUCCCCAGUUUCAAUACAGGGCAAAUUUUUGAGAACCCUUCGGCCUCUCAUUGGCGCUGUGGGUGUUUUCAAAGCUGAUGGUGGCCCUUGUGGCACACUUAAGCCUGCAAGUCAUUCAUAUCCACCCUUAUUUGGUCGAUCUGCUCAUCAGAUCUCAGAUCCAUCUACAGGCCUGCAAGGACAUUCAACAGACUACACAAACAAUCCUGAACAACGGAUUGAUCAUCAGUGAUCAGAAAAGUCACCUGUUGCCCUCGCAGUCCCUGCAACACUUGGGAGCCCUCAUCAACAAAUGCAACAGAGUCUCUGCCUUCCAAACACAAAGACAAGUUGAGAUCACUAAUUCAUCCUCUCCUAUGUUAUCAGUCAGCAGACCUCAUGCUCCUGGUGCAGAUCCUAGGCUCAAUGAUCUCUUGCAUUGAAUGCAUCCCUUGGACAAGAUGUCAUUCAAGAAUACUCCUGUAGCACAUCCUACCACAUCAGGAGGCCAUCAUGGAACACAUGCUGGUGCAGGUCCCCCUGACAAACAAAAUUCUCAGGUCACUCGAAUGGUGGCUGUCUCUAGCAUUCAAUAAGGAGUUUUUACUCACAAUCUCCUCACAGACAACCAUCACUUCAUUUGUAAGCCUCUCCAGCUGGGGAGCUUGCUAGAGCCAUUAUGCACAGGGCAAAUGGUCUCUCCCUGAACUUCAUCACAAUAUCAAAUGGCUGGAGCUCCGUGCAAUCUGCCUAACACUCAUUCACUUCUUACCACAGAUCACAAGCACCCAUGUGCCCGUCUGGAUGCACAACAUCACCACAAAGUCCCAGGUUGAUCACCAAGGUGUAACUAGGUCAAGAACCAUCAUGGAAUCCGAUCUCUUCUUCGCUGGGGUAGGAAAUCACCUCCUGUCCAUAUCGGUGGAACACCUCAGUGGGACAGCAAACGUUCACGCAUAUUGGCUAAGUUUUCAGACAAUAGAUCCCAUAGAAUGGUCACUUCACCCAGACGUGUUUCAUCAGAUGACCAAGGUACUAGGCCUUCUUGAAGUGAACCUAUUUGCAUCUGCAAGCAACCAUGGACUUCCACACUUCUUCACAAGGUUCCAGUCCCCCUGGGCGAAAGCCAUGGAUGCAUUGAUGGCACCAUGCCCGCCCCCGGCCUUCUAUAUGUUUCCCCCCCGAUCGCCAUUAUUCAGAGAGUCAUUCGAAAAGCGCUGUUAGGAAGGGCAGACCUGAUCAUCAUCGCCCCUUAUUGGCCCCUGAGGCCAUGCUUUUCUGAUGUUCUGAAUUUCUCAAUUUGGCACCCUUGGCAUCUUACUCCACGACAAAACUUUCUGUCACAGGGCCCCAUUCUCCACCCAGACCCUCAAUGGCUCCAACUCUUCACGUGGAGGUUGAGAGCUUGGCCCUAUGUCAAAUGGGAUAUUCACUGGAAGUACAGAAUACUAACCUAGCUUCAGAAGUAAAGAAUACUACCCUAGCUUCUAGAAGAUCACCCACCAGUAGAAUUUACCAUUCUGCUUGGUCAGCUUUCUUGUGGUGGGUGUUCUGAAACACAUAUCUCUGUUGACUGCAGGGGUCCCCGAAGUACUGGCUUUCUCACAAUCCGGUUUGGAACUUUAAACUAUGACUUAAUACACUGAGAUGUCAAACUUCAGCCUUCACCUCAGUGCUCAAAUGGUCUGCCCCUGAUGCUCCCUCUUUACUCCAUCCUGACCUUAUGACAUUCCAUAGGGGAGCUGGCAAUAUCUCCCGGCACCUCAAUAGGGUUCUUAAUGCACUCGUUGGAGCUCCCUUCGAACAGCUCCGCUUGGUACCUUUUAAAAUACCUCUCAUUCCAGGUGCUCUUUCUGGUUGCAAUUACUUCAGCAUGAAGAGUAUCUGAAUUGGGAGUGCUCUCCAGUCGUAAGAAUCUGUGCACGUUAGACCAGCAUGCAGUGGUGCUAAGAUUAGACCCUAUCUUCCUCCCAAAUGUUAAUUCUAUCCUCCACCAGAUGCAGGAGGUCAUCCUCCUGUCCUUCUCCAACGCACCCCAAAGAAAAAUUAUGGCACUCUCUAGAUGUGUGCAGGGCACUCAGAAUUUACCUAAGACGUACUGCCAUGUUAUGCCAAAUGAACUCACUUUUCGUGUCAUUGCUUCCGUCAUCCUUGGGUAACAGGUUAUCCAAAGUCACCAAAUCCCAGUGGAUAAAGGCACUAUCACAUUAGCAUAUGAAUCUCUGAAGCUUGCCUGUUCCAACAGGCAUUACAGCUCAUUCAACUCAUAGUGCUUCUACUUCAGCUGCCUUUUCCUCAAAUGUCCCUUUCAUGGAGAUUUGUAGAGCAGCCACCUGGGCUUCUGUUUCUCCAUUCAUUAAACACAAUAAGAUCUUUUCAUUCCAUGCAGCCGAGGUGGUGUUAGGUUGCACGGUACUGCAAAACAUGGUCUAGACUAUCUGCUCUCUCUCGUCUUCACUUAGCUGGCUUGGGUAUGUCCCAUACUAAGCUGAUGACCUUCGUCCACUGUAAGGAAAAAGAAACAUUGGUCUUACCAUGAAGGGUUCUUUUUCUUAGUGGACGAAGGUCAUCAGACACUUGAUGUAAACUUGAUGGUUGGGGUGCCAAUUUUGGGUGUAGGGUAGCGACCCUCAGCGACAAUUGAGUUGUCCAUUCACUAUCCUGUCUUCAUAUUAUUUUCUUUCUUACCUUGUAUGGAUAACUGCUUUGCCUCUGUUUCUCCUAUCUUACACCUUUCUAUGCUAUAGGCCCGGAACUGGGUUUCUAGUGCCACCUACUGCCUAACAGGAAACUAGCCUGCACAAAAAAUGUAACCCUAUCCUGUCUCAAGCCAUGUGAUGACUGAUAAACUCAUACUAAGCUGAUCACCUUCACCCACCUAAGAAAAAUAGCCCUUCAUGGUAAGAAACCAACAUUUCUUUCUUGGGGAAGCUUAUCUCAGAUUUGUAUGUUAAUAUUUGAUACACCUAAUCAUCUUUUUAAAUAUAAGUUUCUUGUUUGAACUCUAUGCUGUAAUUUACUAUUUGCUUUGACAUUUUAUCUAUGCCUGACUGCACAACUCUGGUCCUGCAGAUUUUGGACUGCAACUACUAUUGUCCCUGACUAGUGCCACUGCUGACUGAGCAGAGACACCUUUUAAAGUGGUGAUUCUCUUAUAUUUAGCAGGGAGAGAGCAACUGGCCCUAUCCAGCCCCAGCAUAGCAUCCCUCCAGUGGCUGUUGCUGGUAUCUGCUUUCUGUUUCUUUUUAGAUUGUGAGCCCUUUGGGGACAAGGGAGCAUCUUAUUUACGUAUGUAUUUUUCUAUGUAAACCACUUUGAGAACUUUGGUUGAAGAUCGGUAUAUAAGUAUUCGUAAGUAUAAGUAUUAGUAAAUAUUAGUAUUGGCUACUAUGGCUGGGGAUAAUGAGUUGUAGUCUAACAGCUAGAGGGCCAAAGUUGUGCAGCCUUGAUCUAGGCUAAUGUAGGAGGAAGACAACUUAGCUCCUGUUAUGUAUGAUUCAAGGUUUGCAUGGUCUAAGACAAUAUAUGUUCUCUGUAGAGACAGAGAUAGUGACUCUGAUCAACAUCAUUGUAUCCAAAAUCUUAAAUGUGUUGAAAACACAUUGAACAAAAGAAGUCUUCCCUCAAAUGAAGGCUGCCUAUCCUGCUUAAAAAGUGUUGACUAGUGAAGUUACAGCAUAAGGGAGUCAUAAAAGGAGAUACUAAAUAAGAAAAACGGAAUUGUCCAUAACCUGGCCUAAGCCCAGGCAAGCUUUGGCAACAUUCUCAACCACACAUUGAGAGCAUAUAUUGGGUUGUUGUGUGUAUGACUUAUAAGACUGUUCUUCUGACAUCCUCAUCAUAAAUAAUCAAUGCCAUAAUAAAGAUAAUCAGUAAAUAAAACUUGGGAGAGGAGAGUUCAA